AUGCUUUUCACCUUACCUUCUUUAAUACAGAAAGGCACUUUUACGCCUCCUCCAGUUCAAGGCCGAAAUCACACCGAAAUUCAGACAGAGCUUUACCUUGAAGAGCUCUCUGGCGUUGUUGAAACAGACACCGUUUUCUGUCAGACUGAUGAUUUUUUGGAUAGGCCUCCGACACCCAUUUUUAUGCCUGCCAAAACCGGCGUAGAUGUCGCCACAGAGAUUCUCGCCAACGACCUAUUCGACUUUGAUCUGGAAGUAAAGCCAAUUCUGGAAGUUUUGGUGGGCAAAGUGAUGGAACAGGCUCUACUAGAGGUCAGCGAAGAAGAAGAAUUGGCAGACAUUCGAAAACAGCAACUGGAGUUUGAGGAAAUUCGUGAUGCUGAACUCAUUGAAAUGCAGCGCCUGGCUGAGCGGGAAAGGCGAUAUCGGUAA